AUGUCACUUCCAAUUCGCUCAUUGUCCCGAACGUUGGUACGGUCCUACGGUACUGUCCAGGGUUCCAGUGCUGCCUCGUUGACCAGCAUCCCCCUCACUCUGACCGAUGCUACGGGUGCUACCGCUCCCCGGACCACUUGGACUCGAGAUGAAGUCAAGCAGAUCUAUGAGACUCCAUUGAGUCAACUCACAUAUGCAGCGGCUGCUGUCCACCGCCGCUUUCAUGACCCCGCAGCUAUCCAGAUGUGCACCCUGAUGAACAUCAAGACCGGUGGAUGCAGUGAAGAUUGCUCGUACUGUGCCCAGUCAUCCAAGCACAACACAGGUCUAAAGGCCACCAAGAUGAGCCCCGUCGACGAGGUCCUCACCAAGGCUCGUAAUGCCAAGGCCAAUGGUAGCACUCGCUUCUGCAUGGGCGCUGCAUGGCGCGACAUGCGUGGCCGUAAGACCAGUCUCAAGAACGUGAAGCAGAUGAUCUCCGGAAUCCGCGAAAUGAACAUGGAGGUCUGCGUGACCCUAGGCAUGAUCGACGGAGACCAGGCCAAGGAGCUGAAGGAGGCCGGCCUGACCGCAUACAACCACAACCUCGAUACCUCGCGUGAAUUCUACCCUACCAUCAUCACCACCCGUUCCUACGACGAGCGUCUGAAGACGCUCUCCCACGUGCGUGAUGCCGGCAUCAACGUCUGCUCCGGCGGUAUCCUUGGUCUUGGCGAGAGUGAUGCCGACCGCAUUGGUCUCCUGCACACAGUUUCCAGCCUGCCCGCCCACCCCGAAUCCUUCCCCGUCAAUGCCCUCGUACCUAUCCCCGGUACUCCCCUCGGCGACCGUAAGAUGAUCCCCUUCGACCGCUUGCUGCGCACCGUUGCUACUGCCCGUAUUGUCAUGCCCAGUACCAUUGUCCGCCUGGCUGCCGGUCGCAUUGCGCUCACAGAAGAGCAGCAGAUUGCCUGUUUCCAAGCAGGUGCCAAUGCUAUCUUCACCGGUGAGAAGAUGCUCACUACCGACUGCAGUGGCUGGGAUGAGGACCGCGCCAUGUUUGACCGCUGGGGAUACUAUCCCAUGAAGAGCUUUGAGAAGCCUGCGCCCAGGCCUGAUGCCAAUGCUACUGCCCCGCCUCCUGUGACCCCCGAGGCUACUUCUGCGCCGGUCGCAGCGAGCGUUUAG